AUGAAAGUUACCGGACCCACUCAGGGAAUUUCUCCAGCCAAGGAUGUGAACUCCGUCCAUGUGAAUUGGAGCCGUGGCGUGACGCCUCCUCGGCUCCUCUUUGUAGGAGAUGCAAGCUGUCAACCCAGUGGAGCCUGCUCCCCCGCACCCUGGCAGGCCGCAGCGGCGUCUCAGACCUAUGCGAAUGUCUCUAUGGCCAUGGUGAGGGAGCAGGCGCGCCGCUCCGUGGUUUUGGAGCAGCUGUCCCGGAGCCUCCGAGACCCAGGCGCUCUUCGCAGCUGUUUAGACGACUUGUUGGGUCACAACGCGGUGCUCUGCGUCUCCUUUGCGCCGUCGGACUCACGACGCUUGUCAGAGUGGGUGGAGGAAAGGAUCAAGUUACGGAGUCAAAGUACUCAACUCUCCAAAGUUUUACUGAUGCGUAUGGAGGAUCGUUUGACGGAACGUCGCGAUGACUUCGCCCGGGCGAUGACCAGCUCAAAGAUGGCCUUGCGUUUUGGCCCAGGACCGAGUUCCUUUUUGUCCGUCUUCAGCUUGCCGGAGUCCGUGGAGCCCAUCCGCACGCCGGAGCGCGCGAGACGGUCCAGGAUGCGGCAUAGCGACACAGGUUCCGUGCGCAGCUCCAACUGUUUGGGCUGGGCUUCCACGGCGAUGCCGGGGCACCCAUGGAAGGAAGUCGCAGAGCGGCUUCGCAGCUCCCCCUUCGCGCACCUUCGCAACAUCACGCGUGGGGAGAAGUCGGUGAAAAAACGCUUCAGUUGUGGCGCAGACACUGCCAAGAGGGUCCAUGCCUUGGCCGUGACAAUCCUGCAGGAGAAGGGCUAUGUGCAAUUCAGGGCAUCCAUGGGGAAACAGCUGACGUUUUGCAAGCCAACGAAGAAAGAAGAGGCCAAAGAAAGGGAGGAGAUCAGCACGUUCGCAAAGUUUGGAGUUUCCUCUCCAAGUGAAGUAAAAGCGAGGCGAAAGGAACGGCAACCCGAUAAAGCUGACAUGGAGAAGGCGGAGAAGGACAAGCGGCCUGACAAGCAGCCUGAUAAGCGUCCAGCCAAGCGUCGGCAUUUCCUCUAUAAGAACCAGUUUGCGACGCAUGAAGUACCCGAGCACAUGCAAGAGGAAGAAGAAAGCAGCAGCAGUAGCAGCGGCGAGGAGGACGAAGACAGCAGCAGUAGCAGCAGCAGUAGCAGCAGCAGUAGUCGGAAACCCAAAGCGUCCUCCGCCCGAAGUAGCGCUGCUCGGAAAGCUUUCCGCGGUGCCAAGGCGAAAGCCGUGCAAGAACAGCAUCGCCUUGAGAAGGCGGACGCUGAAGAGAAGAAGUCAAUGGGUGCCGCAUCAGAAGCAUCUGCGAACAAAGCCCCUGCGAGCAAGGCAGACGCUGAAGAGAAGAAGUCAAUGGGUGCCGCAUCAGAAGCAUCUGCGGACAAAGCACCGGCGAGCAAGGCAGACGCUGAAGAGAAGAAGUCAAUGGGUGCCGCAUCAGAAGCAUCUGCGGACAAAGCACCGGCGAGCAAGGCAGACGCUGAAGAGAAGAAGUCAAUGGGUGCCACACCAGAAGCAUCUGCGGACAAAGCACCGGCGAGCAAGGCAGACGCUGAAGAGAAGAAGUCAAUGGGUGCCACACCAGAAGCAUCUGCGGACAAAGCACCGGCGAGCAAGGCGGACGCUGAAGAGAAGAAGUCAAUGGAGGCCGCACCAGAAGCAUCUGCGAACAAAGCCCCUGCGAGCAAGAUCCUGGUGGCCGAGUCAUCUAAGGCGUUGGAGGCAAUGGCAAUGUCCAUCAGUACAGGCGCUUCAGCACCUAGCUUGGCGGAACCUGUUCCAAAUGUGCCCCCUGGCCUGCCGCCCCUGUCGGCACAGACGGGGUCCCUGUAUCGUCAUCUUGCCGGAUCUCAGCUGCAUCCCCGCGACGAAGUCGGCAACAUCAUCCAACAAUUGGUCCAAUUGGGCGACACCCUGGAAGCCAUGCAGGCUGAGUUGCCGCACCGGCUGCCGUGCGCUGUGCUCGUCCUUGCGCACGGUGAGUUGGGUUAUGCGCGAGGCACUUCCUUGCGCCAAGUUAAUGCCCUGGUGCCCACCUCGGCUUUGGACACUCCUGCCCAGACCACGGCAGGCACCCCCUUGGCCGGGAUCGCCCCAGCGGAUCGACAGGUGAGUUUCGGUGUCUGUGUCCAGGAGGAGUUGCCAUCCACAGCCUUCGUCACCUUCAGAACCAUGCAGGCAGCUUGCGUGGCCUGUCAAGUGGUCUUGGAUGAGGACCCAGUGCGUGGCAUGGGGAUGCAGGUCUCCCCGGCACCGGAACCUCGAGACGUGGUGUGGCACAACGUGGCGCGGCCACAGGCGCAACUGCUGGUGCGUCAAUUCUUCGUGGAGAUUGCUCUCCUCUUUGGCUUGGCGUUUUGGUCAGUGCCGGUGUCCUUGAUUCAGGUUUGGUGUUCCUCCGAACGGCUCUCGGCAUUGCUUCCCGGGCUUCAACUGCCCGAGUCCAUGCGCGGCACGGACUUGGAAGCCUUGGUCACGCUGUACAUGCCGGUGUUGUCUCUUCUGGCAUUGCUUGAGCUCCUUCCCAUCAUGCUGCAUCGCUUGGCUUCGCGCUAUGAAGGGGUGAAGUCCUAUAGCGCACUCCAGAUGCGAACAAUGAGGAGGUACUGGCGCUUCCAGCUGGCCACCAUCGGCGUGACGGUGCUCUCCGGCAGCGUCUCCAACUCCUUGACGGCGAUGCUUGAUCAACCAACUUCUAUGCUAUGGGAGCUGGGGCAAAGCUUACCGCAGGUUGCGGUGUACUUCUUAGCCACCGUUCUCUCUUCUGCUUUAGUCGUUGGACCGGUGAGUUUGCUCCGCUUGCCCUUGCUGGCACAACUCACCUGGACCGCACUUACGCGCCGCCUGCGCGAGAUCUUCUGCUUACAUCCAUCCCCCUCGGCGCAAGUCGAGAGCAACUUCCUGGCUGCGGCUGCUGAGGAUUGUCUAGACACGCCACCCAUGGCUGCGGACCUGUCAGCGUUGCUGCUGGUCCUCUUGGUCUGCGUCACCUACGCCAGCAUCGCGCCGCUGAUCAUCCUGGCGGGAGCUCUCUUCUUCGCCCUUCGAUGGCUUGUCUUGGCAUUGCGAUAUCUCUAUGUGCACGUCCCCCGCUUCGACAGUGGUGGAGCGUUUUGGUAUCUCCUAUGGAAUCAGGCGGUGCUUGCCUUGAUCCUGGGAGAUUUCACCACCCUGGCCGCAGUGGCCUUGAGGUCUGGCUAUGCGCAGCUACCAUUCCUUUUGCCACUGCCCUUGCUGCCCAUCGCCUUUUCGGCCCUGGCGAACUUUCGCUUCGCCAAGCCCUCGCAGCGCUUGUCCCUGCGCGCCGCGCGGAUGGUGGAUGCGCGAGCGGAUCCCAACCUGUCGGAACGCUUCCCUUUGGAUGCGUAUUGGCAUCCAGCGCUGCGGCAUCCAGCUGAUGAGCGAGAUGUGAUGAACUUUGCUUUCUGA